AUGGCUACCAGAGAGCCGUUUCCAACUCAACAGUUGGCCAUUCUUGCUCUUUGCCGACUCGCCGAGCCCAUUGCCUUCGCUUCGAUUCUGGCCUACAACUACCCCUACGUUCGAGACAUAAGAGGCUCCCCAGACAAUGCCGCCUUCUACGCAGGUCUGCUCGUCUCGGCCUUUGCCGUAACUGAAGCCAGCACCGCUGUGCUGUGGGGGAUGCUCUCUGACAGAUGUGGAAGAAAGCCCAUUGUCCUCUCCGGGCUCCUCGGCGUCGCCUUGUCAAGCCUAGUCUUCGGCCUUGCAGAGAACUACUGGCUGGCCCUUGCUGCCAGGGCAAUUGGAGGUCUGCUCAACGGCAAUGUAUCCGUCAUGCAGACCAUGGUUGCCGAGAUGGUGAAGUGCCCAGAGCAUGAGCCGCUUGCGUACAGCAUGAUCCCAUUCAUGUGGUUCUUCGGCUCUAUAAUCGGCUCAUCCAUGGGUGCGCUUCUCGCAAAGCCUGCCUUGCUAUCGCCAAUCUUUAAAGAGACCAUCUUCGACCAAUAUCCCUACUUGCUCCCGAAUCUGGUUGCAGCCGGUUUCAUCGUGUUUGCCGUCGCUGUGGGGACGCUGUUCCUGAAGGAGACCAGGGACGUGACCGCGUCCGAGAAGGAGACUUGCAGUGGUCAAGAUGAUGAAGAAUCGCCGCUUCUCCCAAACGGCCAAUCAUCCAGGCACCAGCGCGAGUCUGUUACUCGUGUGCCUACUGCUCAUAUGUUGCGAACGUCAGAUGGCGUCGGUGACAGUCCUUCGGACGACUUGGUUUCGGGGACCGAGGAGAUCACGGCACCCAAGCCAUCACCACGCUGGAAUCGAAACAUGGUUCUCCUGAUCCUUCAGCUAUCCCUUGCCUCCUACCUCCAGAUGGUAUACGGUGUCCUAAUGCCCAUCUACCUUGUUGAUGCUCCAUCACCAGGAGCUGCAGAGGGGCAGUUUGACCCGCGCGGCGGCAUCGGCUUCUCGGUGCGCCAGGUCGGGGGCGUCAUGUCGGUGAAUGGCUUCGUCGCCAUCAUGGUCCAGGGCGUCAUCUUCACCCCGUUUGUUAGGCGGGUUGGCAUAUGGAAGUCCUUCGUCUGGCUGACGGUCUUCGCGCCACUGUCGUAUGCGGUCGUGCCCCUUAUCACAAUGGUCCCUCGCUCGCACACACUCGCCGCAAUUUACUCCAACCUGGUCCUGCAGAACUUCAUGAACAUCAUCAUCUAUCCAUGCCUGCUUAUCCUGCUCAAGGACGCAACGCCUUCGUUGUCGAUUCUCGGCCAAGUCAACGGCGUGGCCAUGGCGUGCUGCUCUGGAGCCAGGACCAUUGCUCCGCCCUUGGCUGGUUAUGUAUACGGUGCCGGAGGUUCAGCCGCAGGCUGGUGGAGUAUCACAUUGGUUGCGGUGAUUGCUGGGUUGCUCGUCCCAACCAUCAGGCGCCCAGCUCUUGCUGAAGAAGUGCGAGACGAGAGUGGCGAUUAA